UGAUUUGCGCCCUGUCUGACUGGUCCUCUCAUUUGCUUGUUUAAUGAGGCCAACAUUAGACCAUUUUCGUUUGAACGCCUCUUCCAGCAAUGUACGACCCAGGCAGACUGAGGGACAUGAAGGCUACUAAUCUUGAGCGAGACAAUAAAUUAGUUUUUCUUUUUUGUUUAAGUAAAAACUGUUCAUUUACUUGCACAUAAUAUCUGCGCCUGCUACUCCAGUUACGCGCCUCCACUGCGCCUCCAAAAAAAAAAAAAAAAAAAAAAGGAGCAGAAAGCGUGUGAACAGCUGCCUCAGAAGCUCGGAGAGUUCGGUCGAGAUGAAGUAACCAGCUUGGUUUCUCACAAAGCCCCUUUCAUUUACAUCAUCCACCCUGCGCGCAAUGGCACGGAGCGCUCCUCCCGCUGGAGAUGGAAGCUGUAACCGGACAACUUUUAUUUCAGCGCGGAUUAAGCGGCUCCACGAUGGCAUCUGAUGAAUCCUCCACUGGGAAACGGUAACAGGUUUGCCAAAUAUCUCACCUCCCAUGUCACCGGGAAAAACCCAUGGCGAUGUUUAGCAGCGCAGAGCGGCUCUGGAACGAGUCGGACCGCCUCGGAUGGGACGAGAAGAACGAGUCGGAUGCGUCCGGGAGGGAUGAGGGGGAGCUCAACUACUACGCCAUGCUGUACUCCCUGCUCAUCCUGGCCAUCGUGUUUGGGAACGUGUUGGUGUGUCUGGCCGUGUUGAGAGAGCGCUCGCUCCAGACGACCACAAACUACCUGGUGGUCAGCUUGGCUGUGGCUGACCUGCUGGUGGCGUCGCUGGUCAUGCCCUGGGCCGUAUACCUGGAGGUGGUCGGCGGCGCCUGGCUUUUCAGCAGGCUCUACUGUAACAUCUUCGUCACGCUGGAUGUCAUGAUGUGCACUGCCAGCAUCCUCAACCUGUGUGCUAUCAGCAUUGACAGGUACACAGCAGUGGUGAUGCCCGUCUUGUACAACACAACCCACCGUUCGAGGAAGAGAGUGUUUGUGAUGAUUGCCACUGUGUGGGUCCUGGCAUUCACAGUCUCCUGUCCCCUGCUGUUCGGUUUCAACACAACAGAUGACCCUUUGGUGUGCUCCAUUUCUAAUCCGGACUUUGUGAUUUACUCAUCCGUGGUGUCCUUUUACCUGCCGUUCAUCGUCACUCUGCUGGUCUACAUCCGCAUCUACGUCUUCCUCAGGAUGAGACGGAAAAGGAUUGCCUUUGGACAGGCCAGCGGAAAAGUACAGCCUGGCUCUACUCAGCCUUCAAUGGAGACAUGUCUGCAGGAAGAGACUCCCAGGGCAAAACAUGACUUAUCGCCUAUAAGGAUUAAAGUGCAGAGUGUGGAACCGUCGGGGCCGUCGAAGCCCAAUCUGCUCUCGGGCUGCCUGUGGCGCAAACGCCCCAAGACCGGACCGGUGGAGAACUCCAUGCUGCCCCCGGUGGACACGCAGAACUACUGCAGCAUCAGCCACGCCUCCUGUGGACGCACCGAGUUGGACCUGGAGCAGAACCAAGUGGGGCAGGACGCAGAGGACAAUGACCAGACGGAGCUUCCUCCUGUCAGGAUGGGCUGCGAGGUGAAGGAUCUGUCAAACGGACGGACGCACACGUCACUGCGGCCGAUGUCUCAUUCUCAGACCAGCCAGCGAUUCAGGACCAUGCACGCACGGGAAAAAAAGGCAACUCAGAUGUUGGCUAUUGUGCUUGGGGUGUUCCUCAUCUGCUGGCUGCCUUUUUUUGUGACGCACAUUCUGAACACCCACUGCCGGACGUGCUAUGUGCCUCCUGAACUAUACAGUGCUUUUACCUGGCUGGGAUACGUGAACAGCGCCCUCAACCCUGUCAUUUACACCACCUUCAACAUCGAGUUCAGACGGGCGUUCAUCAAAAUCCUCAGCUGCUGAACGGAGGGCGGGGCGGGGGGGGAAACAUGUCAGGAGAUUAAAAUGGAAAUCAGACUGCUUGUGCAAUAACUCAGGCAUUGCACAUUUGGUAAAACUGUGACCCCAAGAAAGAAGUCGGUGGAGGAAAGCGUACAGGAGGAUGAAGGAUGCGGGGAGCAAUAAAUGCAUAUAAAAGUCUUUUUUUCUAACAAAGCUGGGAUUUGAUUUUUAACAGUAUUAUUGCUCAUACAAUACUAUUAUUGUUCAAGCACACUGUUUGGAGAACAGCACAAGGUAUUCUUUUUUUUAUUUCUUAUGUUUUGGGGAUUUGUAUUGUACGAUAUAUGUACUUCUUCAUUGGCACAGCUCCUCAGUUCAUGACUUUGGGUCGAUAUGAAUCUAAAACCUCUUAGGAGUCCAAAUGGAGCUUUAAGGCUGAUAAAUGGAUGUGCGGGCCUCUUCAUCCGAAGGCCCUCUGCCUCUGCAUCGCGUGGAUGAACUGACGCUACUCGCCUCUCCUGUUUGCCCCCUCCUUCAUCUCCGCGACCUUCAGGUACUCGACAGCGCAUACACAAAUCAAAAUUCACAACUACGUAUUAGAAGUGUGCCCAAGGGAUCGAGCUGGUCCCUGCCAAGACGCAAAGUCGUUCUGGAGGUUUUCAUAUGUAUUGAUGUGCAGCUGUUGUGCUCGGUGUGGAUUCAUUUGAAUAAAAAAAAGUGAAACUUG